AUGAUUAUAACUCAGGCCUGACCCUCUGGAGAUUAAAGAAGAUCUUAACCAUGGAGAAGCAAGCUGCAAGCAAGGUCUGCUGCGUUACUGGAGGUUCUGGUUAUUUAGGUUCUUGGCUCGUUAAGAAGCUCCUUGAAAAAGGCUACACGGUCCAUGCAACGCUACGAAACUUGGAUGAUAAAUCCAAAGUUGGGUUUUUAGAGUCCCUGCCUGGUGCAGACACCAAUCUGGUUUUGUUUCAAGCUUAUAUAUACAAUCCCCAUGAGUUCAAACACGCGAUCCAAGGGUGUGAAUUUGUGUUUCAUGUGGCUACUCCUAAGCAAACAGCCGACACUCAAAGCUCACAGAAAAUCAUUGAAGGAGCGAUUUCAGGUGUGAGAAGCAUUGCCGAGUCAUGCCUACAAUCGCCAGCCGUAAAACGACUCAUAUACACGGCUUCGGUUCUUGGAGCAUCGCCGUUAACGAAAGAUGGGUUCAACGUCGAAUUUAGCGUAAAAGAAUCGUCUUGGACUCAUGUUGAUGCUUCAUUUGCAUCCACCCAUGGCCUUCAGCAUAUGCGGACAUAUACUGUAUCAAAAACCUUGGCGGAGAAAGAGGCGCUGAGGUAUAACGGCGAAGCUAACGCCAAUGGCGGCAAGUUACAAGUCGUGAGUCUUGCUUGUGGGCUUAUUGGAGGAGAGACUCUUCUUUCUCACGCACCAUCCAGCGUGGCUGCCAUGUUUUCGCAGCUUACCGGGAACUUAUCCACUUUCAUGGGGCUAGAAUAUUUGGAAAAACUUCUGGGAUCGAUCCCUAUGGUUCACAUCGACGACGUUUGUGAAGCUCAUGUGUUCUGCAUGGAGAAACCUUCCAUGGCUGGCCGGUUUAUUUGCGCCGCUGCUAAUCCGACCAUCGCACAAAUCGCGGCUCAUUUUCGAGAAAAUUAUCCACAGCACCAGAUACCACAACAUUACAGGCUGAUGGGGGAGGAAAAGGAAGGCAUUGCAUGGGACAAGAGCAAAUUGGUGAAGAUGGGUUUCGUGUACAAAUACGACAUGGAGAACAUAUUGAACGAUAGUGUUAAAUGUGGAAGGCGACUUGGAGCGGUCGUCUCUAUCGAUCAGUGAUUAUUAUUUUAGGGGUAAAUUAUAAAUUUAGUAAUUGAAUUUUGUUAUCUAUCAUAUUUCACUUACUGUACAGUAAUUUUUUUCUAUUUUCUCACUAAACAUAAUACAUUGUGUUUUUUUUAUCA